GCUAGCGCUGUUGCUCCUGCUGCUGCCGCCGGCUGGCAAUUGUUCCAGGAGCCUCGGCGGCCGCCAGAAAGAACAGCCAGCCAGCCAACGGGCGGAGAGAAGGCGGCCACCAUGAGCAGCCAGAAGUGCGAUGUGGUCGUGAUCGGGGCAGGCAUCUCAGGUCUGUCAGCAGCCAAGUUGCUGUUUGACUCGGGAUUGAGUGUUGUGGUCCUGGAAGCCCGUGACAGGGUUGGAGGCAGAACAUUCACGGUCAGAAAUAAGCAUGUCAAAUAUGUGGACCUGGGAGGGGCAUACGUGGGGCCAACACAAAACCGUGUCUUGCGACUAUCUAAGGAGCUGGGACUAGAGACCUAUAAAGUGAAUGAAGUAGAACAUCUCAUUCACCAUGUCAAGGUAUGACUAGAACUUUUUUCUGAAUGUGUAUG